UGAAAGCGCGGCGCGCGGCCACAGGGGCACGAGGACAAGAUGGCGGCGGCGUUGGAGCGCAGCUUCAUCGAGAUCUGCGGGUUCGAGAGAGAAGCCGAGCGGCGGCUGCGGGAGGUCACCGUGAACCUGGGGGUGAGCGCUCCACCUGGCAGCCUGAAGUUUCCUGACAGCGCCGGAGCGUUCCACUAUGAGGAGAGCGGGAAGCUACUGUCUGUCACCAGCAACAGAUUCAUCUACUGGUCCACGUCCGGGGACUCGGUGGUGCUGGUGGAGCAGUCUCUGGACACCAACCUCCUAAACAACGCUGUCAAACUACGGUUCACUCACUGCACCGUUCUCCCCGGAGGAGUCACCAUCCAGGAGACGCUCAGCAAUGUUGUCAUCCUCAUCUCCACCAAUCAGAGCGUCCACAGGCUGCUGCUGCCCCAUCCGACGCGCAUGUACCGCAGCGAGCUGGUCACAGAGCUGCACAUGCAGUCGAUUUUCACCGACAUGGGGAAGCUGAGCCUGCAGGACCCCGCCUACAGCGCCCUCAUCCCCAGCUCAGCGGGAACCUCGGCGAGUCCCGGCACUUCGGCUGCCUGGCUCAGUUACCACGGAGAUGCUCACUUCGCUCUGGCCUCGCCCGCAGGAGGCAUCACGGUGGUCACGCUGCCACCGCCCGACUCUCAGGGCGGCGUGUCGGUGCUGGAGCUGAAGAGGAGCUCCGUGAUGCAGCGGCUGUCUGGGUGGAUGCCCACAGCAAUCCGUGGUGAGCAGAGCCCGGCCGACCUCGCGCUCAGUCUCGCCGUCCGGGAGCUGGAGGAAGAUUCCUUCAUCUUUGCCCUCUGUCAGGACCACCGGCUGCGCAUGUGGUCACUCAGGGAGCAGGCCUGCCUGCUGGAGGCAGACAUGUUGGAGUACAUGCCGGCCUGUAAAGGUGUGAAGCGCGUGCCGGGUCACGGUCACCGCCUGCGCCUGGCGUUCUCCUCCACCACGGGCCUGUGCGUGUGCGUCUACCUCGCCGUUCCUCAGAGGGGGCAGUUCACUGUGCUGCAGCUGGUCGCCACCGACAACAACCGCUACAGCCUCGAGCACAUCUCCUCGCUGUUCAGCACACAGGAGAUGCUGGUGGACUUCACUCUGACCUCCUCAGACGUUUGGGCUCUGUGGGUGGACGACUCCAACAGCACUGUGGUCAAAUACAUCAGCUUUGAGCACAACACAGCAGCUCAGUGGAACCAGGUGUUUGUUCAGCCUCCACCUGAAGAGGAAGUACACAUUGGAGUGGACCUGGACCCCCGGGAGACGUACCUUGAGGUUCUUUUCUCUCCUCUUCGCUUCACAGCCUCGGCCAUCGUGAAAGCACUGCAGAUCUUCCGUCGAGGCUCUGAGAGGAUCUCUGACCUGUCCUGGGAAGCUCUGAAGAAGGAGGUGACGCUGGCCGUGGAGAGUGAGCUGCAGAGCAGCGUCACAGAGUUUGAGUUUUCUCAGGAGGAGUACCGUCAGCUGCAGGUGGAGUUCUGGUCCCGGUUCUACUCGUGCUGUCUGCAGUACCAGGAGGUCCAGUCGUCUCCUCUGGGUCUGACUGUGAGCCAGCAUACUGGGAUGGUCUGUCUGCUCCGGAAGGGCUUCGUGUCAUUCCUGCUGCCGUGCUUUGCCGUGGAUCAUCUGUACCUCUCCUAUGACCAGUACCUCCUCUCAGAAGAGGAGACACCCAUCACUGAAGACCCAGAGGUGGCGCGGGACGUCCUGCAGCUGAUUCAGUGCCUGCGGCUCGUCAGCGACUCCGUCUCGGCAGAGAUGGCUUACGAGAUGGAGAAAGCUCUCGAGUACCUGCAGGCGCCUGAGAGAGCGGCCGAGCUCGUUCUGGAGAACCUGCUGUGUAACGACAGUGAUAACGUAAUCGUGGACGUCCAGAACAAACUGCAGGACGUCAGGAACCCGAUGGCGGCCAUGACGGUCCUGCUGAGGGAGAUGGACCUGGAGACCGACGCGGAGGUCGCUGCAGAUGGACCCAUGGCACCUGGUCAGAGCCUGAACGUCAGGAUCAGCCUGUCUCAGCUGUACGGCAGCAGCACGGCGGUCUCUGUCGUCUGUCAGGCCGUCUGUCACAUGGCCAUGACCAGAGCGCUGUUCUGCAGAGACCUGCUGAUCCUGCAGAAACUGUACCUACGCUUCGGAGACAACGUGUUUCUGGGUGGAGGAGCUCAGCUGCUGCAGCUCCAGCAGGACCUGAUUCCUCGGACCUCUCACCUUCUGUCCUCCUAUCACCUUCUGAAACAUGUCAGUCAGAACCUCGCCUCCUCUGUUCCCAUCAACACCAUAGAUGCAAACCUGCAGCACCUCACCGUGUUGGAGCUGUCGGACACGCCCACCAUGUCCCCUGGAAGAUCAGCUCUGAACCCUCAGACAGUCGUGGAGCUCUUCUAUCAGACGGCAGCUCGCAGGUUGAUCGUCUCUCAGAUGUUCUUGGAACAGCAGAGCAGCUCUCUGCUCGUCUGGACCAACAUGAUCUCCAGUGUGGUGCAGCUGCUCGCACAGCUGCUUUGGCCCAGUAACCCCGGCUUCCAGUUCCCAGAGUGUCUGCUGGCCAACUGUCAGUACACUCAGCUGCAGGAGUACGUGCGCCUGAUUGGCCCGUGGUGUCAGGUGAACAUCGGCUCCUGUCGCUUCAUGCUGGCUCAGUGUUACCUCGCCAAUGGUGAAGGCCAGAAGGCUCUUCGGUGCUUCCAGGAGGCGGCGACCGAGGUGGAGAAGGAGGAGUUUCUGAUGAGGCUGACUGGCAGCGAGGAUGAAGACGCUGCUGCUACACCUCGAUUGCAGUACUACAGCAAGGUGCUCCGGCUGCUGGAGGACGUCGGCCUUCCUGAGCUCGUCAUCCAGCUCGCCACUCUGGCCAUAACGGAGGCUGUUGGUGAUGUCAGCAGUCAGGCGGCUCUGUGGACGCGGGUGUUCAAACAUCAUCUGGACCUGGGACACAACAGCGAGGCGUACGAAGCUCUGACCCAGAACCCCGACGGCAGCAUGCAGUUGGACUGCCUCCGUCAGCUGGUGGUGGUGCUGUGCGAACGCUCCCAGCUUCAGGAUUUGGUCAACUUCCCGUAUGUCAACCUGCAUGACGAGGUCGUCAGCAUCAUCGAGUCUCGGGCCCGGGGACUCGACCUGCUCACGCACAACUACUACGAGCUGCUGUACGCCUUCCACAUCGCUCGCCACAACUACCGCAAAGCGGGGACGGUGAUGUUCGAGUUUGGGAUGCGUCUCGGUCGGGAAGUCCGGACUCGCCUCGGCCUUCAGAAACAGGUGAACUGUUACCUGGCUGCUCUCAACUGUCUGCGCCUCAUCAGGCCGGAGUACGCCUGGAUCGUCCAGCCGGUCUCUGGGGCAACGUACGAGCGUCCAGGUGCGUCUCCAAAGAGAAACUCUGACGGAGAGUUUCCUGCUGAACCAGUCAAACGUCAGGUGGACAUCCUGGAGCUCAGAGACUUGGAGAAGGAGUACAUCCUUUCCCGCAGCCGCCUCACUCUCGCCCAGCACCACCCACCGUCUGCCGCAAUCGCAGGCGGGGCCUCUGCAGCAGAACUGCUGGUCUUACUGGUCCAGACGGGUCUCUUUGACUCAGCUCUGACUCUGAGUCAGACCUUCAGCCUGAGCUUGACGCCCGUCUUUGAGGGACUCGCCUUCAAGUGCAUCAAGCUGCAGCUUGGGGGGGAGGAGUCUCAGAAUGAAGCCUGGGGCUGGUUGGCUGCUAAUCAGCUGUCAGUUGUGAACACCAAAGAGUCUAGUGCUGCAGAUGAAGCGUGGCGUCUCCUUGCCUCCUACCUGGACAGGUACCCUUCCACCAGCGGGCAGCAUCACCGGUAUGUCAUUCACAAGCUGCUGUCACACGGCAUCCCUCUGCCCGAUUGGCUGGUCAGAGCCUACAAGUGUGUGGACGCUCCGUCUAUGCUGCGCCUCUUCCUGAACUUUGACCUCCUGGAGGCGGCGGCAGAACUUGUGUUGGAGUACGUGGAUGCCGUCCUGGGGCGGGGUCACCAGUACUUUGGAAUUGAGCGGCCGCUCUCGGCCACGUCUCCCCCGGCGUGGCUGCCGUACACGUCCAUCGACCAGCUGCUGCAGGCGCUGAACGAGACGCAGACGCAGAGUGCUCUUUAUGACAAAGUUCGAGACAAACUGAACGAGUACCACCGUGCCGUGGAGCUGAUGAGCAGACGGAGGCUCACUGCACAGAGCUGGCACGCCAAUUGAGGUGGCGAGGGGAGACGUGUAUAUAUUUUUAUAGUUAAUUUUGUACCAUCGUGUUUUUCAGCUGUAAAUGUGAUUGAAUUAAAGUAUUUUCUAACUUUC